AUGAGCCUUCUCCUGCGAAAGCCGAGUUCUUGGGACCUGCCGGGCCUUGGCCUCUCCUGUGCCUUGCUGGCGGCCGGGUCUCCGGAGGAGGAGGCCUGUCUUCAUGCACGUCGCGAGGGGAUUUCCCUGCAAGUUCUCCGUUCUUCCAAAGGCCUGAGGCAUGGGACGCUGAGCCUCAUCUCGGCUUCCCUGGAGGGUCGGCCCGAGAUGGCUUUGGCAAAGCUGCGUGCGACGAUGGCCGAACUGGGCCAUCCGAUUCGAGGUCCUGGCGGUGGGAAGGCGUGGAACUCUCAGAUCACCAUCGUGGGUCUGCGCUGUCUCGGCCUCGCUGCCUCCGUGGCGCCCCCGAAGAGACUGCAGGACAUGAUGGACUUGGAUGCUCUUCGUUUGGGAAGGUACAGAGGGCACCUAGAAGCUGAGGGCCAGCUCUUUGAUUCCGAUGGCUCGGGUGCCAUGCACUUCUUCGGCAUGCGCCUGAAACUGCACAAGGACGUCUUCGUCCCACGGGCGGAGAGUCGCCACUUGGUGGAGGUGGUCCUCGAACUCAACCUCUUCCUCCGACCGGAGCUUCGGAUUUUGGAUGUGACCUUGGGUGUCGGGAACGCCCUUCUGCCCUUGCUUCAGCGGCAUCCACGAGCCCAGGGCUUUGGUAUCGAUAUCAGCCCAGAGGCAGUG